GCCCGACUUUCCUUUGAUCUCCAGCUGCCUUUUAGCAAUAUUUGCUCACUACUGAGACUAUUCUGUAGUUUGUGGAGGCAUCGCCGACUCAACGGCAACGACGAUCAUCUCUUGAUCCAUUUUAUUUGGAGAUCUGAAAGAAGAGCCAAGAUCUGCUCUCUUCUGCAAUCAGAUGGCGGUGUCACUGACAGUGGUGGGGGGAUGGUUCGCGCAGGCCUUCAUCCAGACCUUGAUCGAUAAGGCCAGCGACAAAGCCAUCCAACUGUUUGCCGAACGCCGGGGUUUCGCGGCGGACAUGGAAACUCUGUGCACGUCGCUUCUGGAGACUCAAAUCAUCCUUGACAAGGUACAGAGUAGUCAGAGCAACGACACCAAGUGGAAGACAUUGAUGCAGAAACUCAAGGAUGCUGCUUAUGAUGCUGAGGACUUGAUAGAUGAGUUCCAAUACCAUGUACUCAGGCUGAAGAUCAAAGGUGAAGAAGAGGACAAGGCAGUAAGUGGCUCCGGUGGCCUUCCCAACAUUUUUUCUGCUGCAAAAGAAAAGUUGUUUGGUUCUUCUCAUUCCUUGGAGGAAGAUGCCAUGAGAGCUAGCGUGGUGGAGAUUCAAGGAAGGCUGGAGAGAAUCGCUAACAGUAUGAAGAGCAUCAUGAAUGUGUUACCACCAAAUGAUAGAGGGAAGCAACCAGAUCAGAUGAAGUUUCAGACCAGAGAAUCAUGCUCUUCCCCGGUGACGGACAUAUUGUUUGGUAGAGAUAAAGAACUAAAUCAAGUGGUAGAGUGGUUGUUGGGGUCAGCUAAUCAGGUGGAACCAGCAUCAGGAUUUCUCAAUGAUACCUUCUCCGUCUUGUCCAUCGUCGGGAUAGGAGGGGCCGGAAAGACUACUCUUGCUCAGUAUGCGCACAAAGACAACAGAGUUCAGGACUAUUUCCACCUCAAGAUUUGGAUCUGUGUGUCUAACAAUUUCACGGUACAAGAACUCGCUAAAUCUAUAAUAGAGUCAGUAACUCUACAAAAACAAUAUGAUAAUAUGGGGUUAGAAUCUCUUCAAAAAAUACUCCAUCAGCAUAUUGCACAAAAGAAGUUUCUGCUUGUUCUGGAUGACGUGUGGAGCGAUAAUAAGAGAAUCUGGGAGAAAUUCUGUGCACUACUCAAAGUCGGAGCUUAUGGUAGCAAAAUCAUUGUUACGACUCGAGAUAUGAAAAUUUCUAAAAUGGUUAGCUUGGUGGAACCAAUCUUGCUUCAUGGUUUAGACGAAGAUACCUUUUGGCAAUUGUUCAAGAAAUGCUCAUUUGGCACACUUAACCCUGAAGAAUAUCCGGAGCUAGAAGACAUUGGUAGAAAAAUUGUUCGCAAGUUGAAGGGCUCACCAUUAGCUGCAAAGACACUUGGCGGUGUUCUGCAAUCAAAUUUAUGUCAGCAACACUGGGCCACCGUAAUGGAGAGCGACAUAUGGAAAGUAAAACAAGAUGAAGAUGACAUUAUGCCAGCCCUGCAUUUAAGUUAUCAAUAUCUUAAUGAAAAUUUGAAGCAGUGUUUUGCUUUUUGCUCGGUGUUCCCUAAAGACUACAGAUUUGGUAAAGCUGAGUUAGUUCGAAUGUGGAUGGCUGAAGGCUUCAUCAAAGAUAAAAACACAAGAGGAUGGAAGAUGUUGGAAGCGACUAUUUUCUUGAGUUUGUUAACAAGUCUUUCUUUCAAGAAUACGAAUUUGGUGCAUUUGUGAUGCAUGACCUUGAAUACGAAUUUGGUGCAUUUGUGAUA